AUGCCUUCGGCCCAGAUCAAUCAGCCCUCGAACCAGAUCAGACUUACAAAUGUCUCUCUUGUCCGCAUGAAGAAGGGCAAGAAGCGUUUCGAAGUCGCAUGCUACAAGAACAAAGUCCUCGAAUGGCGUUCUGGCGUCGAAACCGACCUCGACAAUGUCCUUCAGAUCCCGAACGUCUUUCUCAACGUCUCCAAAGGUCAGGCUGCUCCUUCAGCAGACCUGCAGAAGGCCUUUGGAAAGGUGCCCUUGAAUGACAUCAUCUUGGAGAUUUUGAACAAGGGUGAACUGCAGGUCGGUGAGAAGGAGAGACAUGCUCAGUUGGAGAGAGUCCAUGCCGAAGUCAUCGACAUUGUCGCAGGCAAGCUAGUCGAUCCUAAGAGCAAGCGCGUCUACACCACUGGCAUGAUCGAAAAGGCACUCGAUCAACUCAGCAGCCAAAGCGGAAAGGACACCACCACUCCCAGCGCGAGUGGCACCGCAACUCCCGUCGAAGGCGAGAGCCAUGCCGAGCACAAGUCGAAACCCAUGUGGACAGGCGUUGUGACUACUCGCGAUGCCAAAUCUCAAGCACUCAACGCCAUGAAGGCUUUGAUUGCACACCAACCCAUCCCAGUCGCUCGCGCAAGAAUGAGACUGAGAAUCACCUGCCCAACUUCGGUCCUGAAGCAGGCAGUCAAGAACGCAUCUAAACCCGGUGAUGAGGCUGAAGGUGAGGCACAGGCAAAGGGCACAGUCAAGGACAGGAUACUCGGCUACAUCGAGCAGGUCGAAAGCCAGGACAUGAUGGGCGAGGAAUGGGAAGUGGUUGGUUUCGUCGAGCCAGGCAGCUUCAAGCCCCUCAGUGAGUUUGUCAGUGGACAGACAAAGGGAAGAGCCAGAGCAGAGGUUUUGGACAUGGCUGUCAUGAACGAUGGCGACUAG